UAGCCCCGGGGUUUCGGGUGUCUGUCGCGAGCCCUGGUUUCGGCCCGGUGGCGAACGCACCUACUCACCGGAGUCGUCAUGAGAUCCCCGGUCCGCGGCCUGCCCCUAAACGACGGCGAUGAAGGCACGGACAGCACGCCCCUCUUGCAGGGCUCCCCGCGGGCGGAAGCCGCUGUGGUGUGCUGCUCUGCUCGUUACAACUUAGCACUUUUGGCCUUUUUUGGUUUCUUCGUUGUCUAUGCAUUACGUGUGAACCUGAGUGUUGCAUUAGUGGAUAUGGUAAAUUCAAAUACAACUUUAGCAGAGAACAGCACUUCCAGUGAAUGUCCAGAGCAUUCUGUUCCCAUAAAAGUUCAUAAUCAAACGGGUAAAAGGUACCAAUGGGAUGCAGAAACUCAAGGAUGGAUUCUUGGUUCUUUUUUUUAUGGCUACAUCAUCACACAGAUUCCUGGAGGCUAUAUUGCCAGCAAAGUAGGGGGUAAACUGCUGCUAGGAUUUGGGAUCCUUGGCACUGCUGUCUUCACUGUGUUUACCCCCCUUGCUGCGGAUUUAGGAGUUGGAUUUCUCAUUGCAGUCAGAACACUAGAAGGACUUGGAGAGGGUGUUACAUUUCCAGCCAUGCAUGCAAUGUGGUCUUCUUGGGCUCCCCCUCUUGAAAGAAGCAAGCUUCUUAGCAUUUCAUAUCUAGGAGCACAGCUUGGAACAGUAAUUGCUCUUCCUCUUUCUGGAAUAAUUUGCUUCUAUAUGGAUUGGGUUUAUGUCUUCUACCUUUUUGGUAUAGUUGGAAUAUUUUGGUUUAUUUUAUGGAUCUGGCUAGUUAGCGAUACACCAGAAACUCAUAGGGCAAUCUCUCCUGCUGAAAAGGAAUAUAUUCUUUCAUCAUUAAGAAAUCAGCUUUCUUCGCAGAAGUCAGUGCCAUGGAUACCCAUGCUAAAAUCACUGCCACUUUGGGCUAUUGUAGUUGCACAUUUUUCAUACAACUGGACUUUUUAUACUUUAUUGACAUUAUUGCCUACUUACAUGAAGGAGAUCCUAAGGUUCAAUGUUCAAGAGAAUGGGUUUUUAUCUGCACUGCCUUACUUUGGUUCUUGGUUAUGUAUGAUCCUGUCUGGUCAAGCUGCUGACAAUUUAAGGGCAAAAUGGAAUUUUUCAACUAUAUGUGUUCGCAGAGUUUUUAGCCUUGUGGGAAUGAUUGGACCUGCAGUAUUCCUGGUAGCUGCUGGAUAUAUUGGCUGUGAUUAUUCUUUGGCUGUAGUGUUCCUCACCAUAUCUACAACACUAGGAGGCUUUGGCUCUUCUGGAUUUAGCAUCAACCAUCUGGAUAUUGCUCCUUCGUAUGCUGGUAUCCUCCUGGGCAUCACAAAUACAUUUGCCACUAUUCCAGGAAUGAUUGGACCUGUCAUUGCUAAAAGCCUGACUCCUAAUAACACUAUUAGAGAAUGGCAAACUGUUUUCUGUAUCGCUGCUGCUAUUAAUGUAUUUGGUGCAGUUUUCUUCACACUAUUCGGCAAAGGUGAAGUACAAAACUGGGCUGUCAGUGAUUACCAUGGACACAGAAACUGAAGGAACCAAUAAAUAAUCCUGUCUCUAUUGGUAUACUUUCAUUUAAUCAUGUAACCUAAAAGUGCCUUUGAUACUUUAAUGUGUAAGUAUUCUGUAUACAAAAAAAUUGUAUUUAAGUUUUUAAGGAUUAUAAUCAUGAAAUGUAACUAGUUGCCAGUUUAGUAAAAUUAGCUAUUUUUAAUUAUUAAUAAUACAUAUGCUGUAACUUAUACUUUGGGGUCACAUUCCUGGCUGCACGUCAGGCAACAUGAAGUAGAAGUUCUAUUUAUUUUUAAGGGCUGUACUUAAGGGAAUGAGCUGCAAGGAUCUCCUCUAGCUUUGCUGAUUUAAGCUAGAGAAUAAUUCUCAGGUCUUAGUAAACACCUGUUUUUGUCCUACCUCCUUCAUGAAAAUCGUUCGUCAUUAGAUCUCUUGACACUUAGGUUUGAAACUUUAGCAUCUCCAUGGAGCUGCCAGCCACUGAAUAAUUUGACCUGGCAACUGGACUAAGGGAAACAUGCCCAGGCAGCUGCCAAACAUUCCUUCCCUGGCUUCAGGGACCAAGUACCCAGCAUUUACCAAAGGCAGCCUCCCAGCCUGGGGUCAGCGCAUGUCUGUGGACAGUGUUCCUGCCCAGGAGCUGUUGACAAGUCGAUAAAGCCCUGAGUAGGCAGCCCCAGGGAAUCCAUAGCCAUGGUCUUGAUGCACCCUCAAACCUUUCCUGGUGCACUGGUAUACUGAUUGACAUGUAACCUGCAAAAGAAAAGUAGGGUGCCCAGUUAAUCACAAGUAAUGUCAUCCUUGACUCAAACUAGCUUUGUGUGAAUCAGAGUUUAAAUUUCUGAAUCCUGUAUUUUUUCAGCCACACCAGAAUAAAAAAUUUUUUAAAUUUUAAAUCCUCUCACUUUUUCUUCAGUCUGUCUUCAUGUAAGCUAAGUGUAAAGUGACUGUUAAAGGCCACAUCACCAAAGACUAGGGACAUAGUCAUCUUUACUGCAGGUAGCUGAAAUCACAGUUUUCCAGUUUUUUCCUAGACCGUCUUCCAGUAGUUCUUGAGCAUGCUCUGAAGGCAUUUUUGUGAUUUAAAACUUGGUUUGUGUUUAUUCAACACUACCUGUAACAUUUUAACUGAGAAAACUGUUCAGUGUAAUAUGAUGUGAAUACAUUCAUGUAAAUUUAUUUUUUAAAUUUGUAAAUAGCUUUAAAUUGUUAUGGUGAUACUGCUUUUAUAAAUCAUCAAAAUAAUAAACCUUUUU